AUGCCGAAUGCUGGCCAAGAAUGCAAAGAGGUUCUGCCAUGUGCUUCGGAGCAAGACACUGGCCAUGUCAGGCCUGAAGAUGGGCCCGAAGAUGACCCCGCCGAUGACCCCGCCAGAACUACCACUGCACAACCGGAUACUUCAGAGCCUGUCAAGCUAGAAGACCUGUUCGGCGAUGACGAUGACGAUGAUGAAUUUCCUACGUCCAGCGCAGCUGUGACUUCAAAGCUCGAGAGCGCCCCAGAGCCACCACUCAAACCGCCCGGGCCCGCUCCGGUGCAAAUAGACUCCGAGACGAUGUACGCCUUCUACUUACGCCUGUUUCCGUUCAAAUAUCUCUUCCAGUGGCUCAAUCACGAUGUGAAACCCUCGCCGGAUUUUGGCAACCGGGAAUUCGCAUUCACUCUUCAAAACGAUGCCUAUCUACGUUACCAAUCAUUCCCAAAUGCAGAGCUCCUCCGUAAAGAAAUCCUCCACUUGAACCCCUCUCGCUUCGAAAUUGGACCCGUCUACAGCACCAAUCCACGCGACCGCAAAACCCUCCGCAAAGCCAGCCUCUUCAAGCCAGUCUCCAAGGAACUCGUCUUCGACAUCGACCUGACAGACUACGACGACAUCCGCACCUGCUGCAACAAGGCAAACAUUUGCCAGAAAUGCUGGGCCUUCGUCACCAUGGCCAUCAAGGUCAUCGACACGGCUCUCCGUGACGAUUUCGGCUUCGAGCACAUUCUCUGGGUCUACUCGGGUCGGCGCGGCGCGCACGCUUGGGUCUGCGACCCGCGCGCCCGCAGUUUGCCCGACGACCGCCGCAAGGCUAUCGCAGGCUACCUCGAGGUCAUCCGCGGCGGCAGCCAGAGCGGCAAGAAAGUCAACCUCAAACGUCCCCUGCACCCGCACGUUGCGCGGAGCCUCGAGAUCCUCAAGCCGCACUUCGCCUCCACCAUCCUCGUAGCGCAGGACACUUUCAGCAACCCGGCACAAGCCGAACAGCUCCUCGCCCUGCUCCCGGAUAAACCGCUCGCGGACGCGCUGCGGCGCAAAUGGGACUCCGCACCCGAGCGCUCGAGCACCAGUAAAUGGAACGACAUCGACGCUGUGGCCAAGUCUGCCAAGUCACGCGGCGCCGCGGCAGCCGGGCAGCAGUCGCUGGAUACUAAGGCGCUCCUGGAAGCGAAGCAGGACAUCGCGCUGGAGUAUACCUACCCGCGCCUGGACGCGGAAGUAAGCAAGAAACUCAUCCAUCUGCUCAAGAGCCCCUUUGUCGUGCACCCGGGCACGGGCCGCGUGUGUGUCCCAAUCGACAUCCGCCGCGUGGAGCUGUUCGACCCCCUUAGUGUGCCGACGGUCGGAGAGCUGAUUGCGGAGAUCAACGCGUGGGAUGGCGGGGAAGGCGGUUCGAGGGAGAAUGGAAGCAAUGGUGCGAAUGACGUUGUGAAAGAUGAACAGACGGCGGGGGAUGUUGAUUUUGAUCCUGGUGCUGGUGUUGGUGCUGGUGGUGCCGGCCUGUCCAGCGCAGCCGACGUCGAUGGCAAAGGGAGACGGGUGCAGGACUACGAGAAGACUAGCCUGAAGCCGUAUAUUGAUUAUUUCCGCUCGUUCGUGGCGGGGCUGCUUAAGGCAGAGAGAGCGGGGGCCGGAACGGGGAAGAGGGGCAGGGACGCCGAGGGUUGGGAGGCCAGUGGUGCGAGCGUUAUGGAGUUUUGA